GAUGCCCAGGGGCAUCCCUCUCUCCAUUUGGGGUGCACACGGGCCAGCGGUGCUGAUGUCACGGUGGCCAUGGUGACCGAUGGUGCCAAGUGCACGAAAUGGAAUGUUUGGCCCUGGGCAGGCGUCAGUGUGCCUUGGAGAGGAUUAGCCAAGGAACACUUGGAGGAGAGAGUCCGGUGCUGCUGGGCCAGGAACUCGGGACACUUGGUGUGCCAUGUCCACCAGGAAGCGGAAGGCUCCUGACUCUUUGGAUCAGGCGUGCAUGCUGUGUCGUCAGGUUGAAGCUGACCCUGACAUCUGUGGGCACAAGCUGGAGCGAGAUGGCAUCCAUGCCCAUGAGUUUUGCCUGUUUUUUGCCAACAAGCUUGGUCAGCAGCAGGUCGAGGAGUUGGGACUCAAGGGAUUUCUCCCUGAAGAUAUUAAGCGCACAGUCACCUGCGCAGCACAGAAGCCCUGCUUUGUCUGUGGAGAGAGCGGGGCCACCAUUACCUGCUGGGAGACGAGUUGUGACCGCAGCUUCCAUCUGCCCUGCGCUGUGGACGGUGCCUGCGUCACGCAGUUCUUUUUUCAGUACAGAUCCUUCUGUUGGGAGCACGGUCCAAGGCAGAUAGUGGAGACGUCUCCAGAGGCAAAUACCACCUGCCUCUUCUGCCUGGAUCGUGUUGGGGAAGGAAGGUCGUACGGCACCAUGGUGUGCCCGGUGUGCAGGCACGCUUGGUUUCACAGGCACUGUAUCCAGGGACAGGCUGUGCGUGAUGGAAUUACUUGUUUCCGGUGCCCUCUCUGCAGGGACAGGGAUGCGUUUCUUUCAGAAAUGCUCUCCAUGGGCAUCCGGAUCCCUUUCAGGUUGCCAUCACGGGACAGCCAGGCAGAUGAGGAGCUAAGUGCGAGGCACAGCCGCUGCGACGCCGGUCGGUGCCUUUGUCCGAUAGGCAGGGAGCAGGCAGAGGAAGAGGGGCCCUGGGAGUUGCUCCUGUGCUCCUCCUGUGGUGCCGAGGGCACCCACCGGCGCUGCUCCUCUUUGAGGAGCAGCCAGGCUACCUGGGAGUGCGACGGCUGUGCUGGCCUGGGCACCGCCUCCAGUGCCAGCUCACGACUUGUUGGCCCCAGCGCUGCCAGCCAGGCACCAUCUUCCACCAGCGGUUCUCCACCACCUCAAGGCAGCAGCUGCCCGACCCCCCCUGGGCCCACGCGCGUGCGAGACCACCCCCGCUUGCGUCGUAGGGCCCAAAGUCGUUCCAGGCACCCCAAACGGCGCCGCAAGUCGUGAGGUCCUUCUGCCAGAGCAGGCAGUGGAGGUGCCUCUGGAGGGAAACACCACCUGCCCUCAUCUGCCUGGGCUCUGUUGGGGAAGUCAGUCCUAUGCCCCCAUGUUGUGCCCAGCAUGCGGACAGGCUAGUUCCCUGGGGGCUGCCUGCAGCCUCCAGUGCCAGCUCACAGCUCGCUGGACCCAGCACCUCCAGCAUGACAGCUGUCCCACAGCUCCAUGGCACUGGACACCAGCAUCUCCAGCACGGCUGUGUCAGGGCUGUCCCACAACUCCCUGGCACUUCAUGACAGCAGAUGCUCCAGUCCACCUGGGCCCACCCACAUGUGAAACUGCGUGUGCCAAGUGCUGAGGGCAGCAGCCACAGCCAGGGAGCGCUGGGGCCGUCCCACGGCUCACCAGUACUCAAGAUCACCAGCCCCAACACCACCAGCCAGCUGCCAUUGGGGUCCUCCUGUGGCUCCUCAGCAUUUCAGGGCAGCAGCCACACCAGCCCUCUGGGCCUGUACAGAUGCAAGACCAGCCCUGCUUGCCACGUUGGGCCCAAAUUCCCUGCAGCCAUCCUGGAUGACAAUGCAGGACCACUGUGUGCUGUCCCACAGUGCUGGCUCUGAUCCCCCCUCCACUGGCUCAAUAAAGUUGGCCGUUAAUCUCUGCACUGGGAGA